AUGGCAAGGCGACAUCGUAAUGGUAACGCUGGGGAAGAGUUUCUUCGAAAUCGCAAAUCAAUGUUUUCGAAUUCAAGAACGAUAUUUAUUCUAAUAAUAGUCUUAAAUGCAAUCGUAGUUAAAUGUAGCUAUAAUGAAACGGACGAAGACAUUGAAAGAGUCGAAAACGAAAUACCUAAGAGAUUAAAAAUCGUAGAAGCGAUAUCCGGCAGAGGAUUCGUUGAUAAUCUAUAUAAUAAUGGAACAUUUAGAACUGGCAACAGUUUGUGGGAUAAUAUAUUGAAUAAGUGCACGAUAAAACCAUCAGUGACUUGUUUACAGAAAAACUUCUACACAUAUUUGGACAAUAGUUUAGAUUUUAAUGGUGAUUUAAGUGUGACAAGUGGUGUGUGUUUUAAAAAAAAUAAUGUGGAUAUGAACAGAUUUAGUAAGGAAGCGGACAUUAUCUACCUCACGGGCAGUAAGGAUAAAGAAGACAGAUCUUUUGAAGAGGAAAAUGAAAUUAAAGAUGACGAGGAACCUGAAACGCCACUGGAGGAAGUGACAGAUGCCCUUUACAACAAGGGCGUUAAAUUCCUAAUGACGCAUGACAUGAGACUGACGCUGCCAGAGAUGAUGUUCAACGGAGCCACCUUGAAGGUUUCUCCAAGAGCUUUAACUAGAACCGGCGCUUUAGUACACAUCGACCUUGAACCCAAGGAAAAUGAUAAUGGAGAUGGAAGAUUAUUUUUUCACAAAAUCAAAAAGUAUAUAAGGAAAAAAUUGAUAAUGGCAGCGCUGGCGAUCGUUUUAGUAGUAAAAUUAAUAGCUCUAAAGCUAGUUUUCGUGCUUCCGGUCGUACUUGGGCUCACUACAGCAAAGAAGAUGUUCCUGAAGGUUCUGCUGUUCCUGUUCCCGGCAUUAAGUCACAUAUUCAAACUCUGCUCAUGGUAUCACCAGAACUAUCACACCACAAAAUACCAUCAUCAUCACCAUUUAAUUACUCAUCAUCACAAGGUACCACAUCCACAUCACACUUACGGACCCCCUCAUCACGGUUCUGUGGUAAUAAAACAACAUGAAAGUCCACCGCCAUCCUUCGAACACUACCCUCAAGACUGGGAACUUUCUGGACCAGGUCUUGGCAGCGAGUACCUAUCAGAUAUUCACCGCAACGCAAUAGCAAAUUUCAAGCCGCAAGAGAAUGACGCGAAUGACAUAAACGCUUGGGGCCUUGGGCUUCCUCCUGGAACAUCUCUGAACGUAGGAGAGUACGCUAGUGGGAGCACAAAUGUUCCACAUGGAGUUUUACCCAAUUCUAAUAAAAAAGUAGUCGUCAACGCUAUUCAUCCUGGCAGACCUGUCGGACCUUUACCAACACAACAAAAUCCAUACAAUCGAAAUAAGAAGGCUACUAUACGAGAUCCAAAUAGCGCUGAAAAGGAUGCUUUGAUAAGAGCAGCAGCCCUUGCGGCUCGGGCCCCACCUUCACCAGUAAGGGAUGAAUUACUGAGAGUAUCAGCUGCUAAACUAAGUGAAAGCAACCGGGUGAAAGCAGAAACUGAACUAGUUAGACAACAACAAGAAAUAUUAGCUUCUCAGGAUCCUGACACUAUAGCCGCAGAGAAAUUCUACGGAUCUCUACUAGAGAGAGUCAAUACAAUUCUCGGCUCGAUCGGAGCGAAGGACACUGGAUGUAGAGAAAGGGCUGUCUGCGCUCUGUAUAGCGACCCGUUCAAACACGCACCUUACAGCAAUCUAGUCUCGAAUGAACUUAGCAAGGAUUCGAAUGAAUUAGUGCCUCCAGCGGACAGCACGAUGGCGUUACAUUACUUUAGAUACGUGCAAGCAGCUAGAGACGGUCAAGAAUCAAAAGACUGUCUUACUUUAUAUCCAAAGUGUAAUAUUGAUUAUAUGAAAAAAUAA